GUCUGCUGAAUAUUCCGCAGGAGUGUGUCACUGCACAUCCCCGCGUGUCUGUGUGGUCGAAACUGGCGUGUCCGGCUCCGUCUGUCCGAAUCUGAGACGAUGUGGCCGCAACAAGCCGCCGAACUUGCGCUCCUGGCGCUACUCUUAUGCGAUCUCAGUGGUGUUGAAGCCGUGGAUGCUCCGGUGAGUGGGAGCGGAGGGGGAGCACGAGGGCUGCGUAAGGCCACGCAGGGGAUGCGUCGCUUACGGCUCGGGGCGCGGCCCGUCAGGGACAUCGGCAUUGACAGCCGAGACGACGACUACUUGGAGAACCUUGAGAGAUCCUUCAGAGGGAAAUCAUACAGAGAGCUCGACGACAACAACAGAGGAAGAGGAUUCGGGACUUCGACGGGCAGAGGCUUUGCGGGCGACGCGAGGCCAUACGACGCCCGGGAUAGCAAUUCGGGAACUGAUAGAGGAUUCGGAGCGUAUAGGAAACCCUACAAUUUUGACACCAAUGAGAGAAGUUCUGAUAGAGACGUCGCGGAGCGGAGCAGAGGAAGGGAUGUUGCGGACGGACACUAUAAGCCGACACGCGUCAGUGACUACCAUAACGGCAACGCCAACAGAAACACCGGCCUCUCUCGAAACGAUGAAACUGACAGUCAACGUUGGCUUAAGAUUUUGGCAGAAUUUCUAAAGACAUCGGAAGAGGGACGAGAGUUGCUGCGAGCGCAGAGCGGUUCUUUACAAGUGGGAGGCGACGGGGCGCAGGGCCGACUGCCGCUGCCCGUGCUGCUGGUGCCCGUGGCCGCGCCUGGCCCACAAUGUUCAGCGUCGCCGCCGCCCCUCCCCCAGAACGAGCUGCAGCCGCCUUCAGACUACCUCCCCCCGCUCCCCCCGCACGACAACCGUCCCCGCCCGCCUGCCGACACCACCGACCGCGGGGAGUCACCCUUCACACCAGACUCUCGAAACCUGAAGUCCACACCCAACAAAGAUGACGUGGAACUGCUGCUGCAGUUGUUCCGACAGGAGCAGCCGCGCGCGCCGCUGCUGCCGCCCAUGUUGCUGCCCGAGUCCCCCGCCCCCGCCCCCGCCGCGCCCACACCUCCGGACACCUCCGUCCCGCCCCCCGCCCGCUUGCGCUUCCUCCACUCCUUGCUGAUCCGCGCCGAGCUCACCGUCUACUACGCCGACUACACUGAGCCCUACACCGUCUGGUACGACGCGCAGACGGGGUCGUCGCGCGUGGACCUGCACGGCGGCACCACCGUGCUGUACCGCACCGUCCUCCCCAACAACCAAGUCCAACGAGUGCAGGUAAGUAUCGAGCGCUACGAGGACGAGGAGCGGCGGCGCUGCGUGCGGCUGACGAGCGGCGCCACGGACGCCGACCGCAGUCCGCCCGGCCUGCCCGACCCCGAGCCCUUCAGCUUCCACGGAUACAACUCGACACCAGACGGCCGUAUGGAGCGCUGGACAUACUCGCUGGCGGGGCAGGUGGGGGAGCUGGGCGCGGCGCGGGGGGAGGCGCUCACCUUCCGCCACGAGCUCCUGGCGGCGCGCGUGCGCCCCGACUUCGUCAUCCCCUACAAAUAUCGCGUGACAGUGGACAGCUCCGUGCUGGGUCCGGAGGUGGACUGGUAUGAGCACCGCUACUUGGAGGUCCGCGAGCAGCAGCCGGAGCCCCGCUACAUGAGCGUGGACGCGGAGCGCGACUGCGACGUCACCGAGACCUCGCAGCGACUCGAGCGCGUGGACCCGCUGCGAGAGUUCGUUAUGACGCAUCGUGACACGCGAUGCGACACCGACUUUGAUAAGUUUAAGGAAACUUUUGAUGUGAAAUAUGAAAGCGUCGAGGAAGAAGCUAUGCGCAAGACAUUGCUAAUAAGAAGCCUUCACUUCGUGGAGUCCGCAAAUCGUCAAGGGGGACCCGCACUCCUCGAAGUGAACGAGCUGAGCGUUUUGCUGCACUACGAGAAGAAUCUACUAGAAGGGCUUGUGGACGACACGGAGGGGGAGGAUGAGCCUGGGGCAGUAGGAGCGGCGCCCUUCGGCUUCCUGCCAGAGAACCGACUCCAGCCCGAACCCUUCCCGUACUCGGCCGAGGAAGCAGCUGACCUCGCGCGGCAACUGCCCGCCGCAUUCAGCUGGAAGAGGCAAGGCGCCGUCACACACGUGCGCAAUCAAGGGCUGUGCAAGACGUGCUGGGCGUUCUCGGUGGUGGCGGCGGUGGAGGGCGCGCUGUUCCUGCGCACGGGCGCGCUGGUGCCUCUCAGCGACCGGCAGCUGGUCGAGUGCGCCGGCGGCCACUGCGACCGCGGCAAGCACGUCGACUUCCCCUACCGCCGCAUCCGCGACCACGGCAUCGCCGCGCUCGCGAAUUACACCAGCUACGACUACGAAAACCCCACAGUGGGGCAGUGCAAGCGGGAGGGUGGCCCCGUCACCAGAAUCAGCGGCUUCGUCCGAGUGACCAACAGCGCUGACGCUCUCAAGGUAGCGAUCGCGCGACACGGCCCCAACGUUAUAGAAGUGGACUCGAGCUGUGACUCCUUCCAUUACUUCAAGGCCGGAGUGAUCAUUGACCGGCGCUGUAACCCUGCGGCGCGUCUGCACGCCAUCACCGCCGUCGGCUUCAGCCGGCACAAGCGGUACGGCGACUACUUCAUCGCCAAGAACUCGUGGGGGCUGGCGGGCAACCGCGGCUACGUGCACCUGCACGCGCGCUCCAACGCGUGCGGCGUGCACACCGCGCCCUCGUACCCGCUGCUGGCCGCUGAUGACGUCAUCGCCCGCUCGCGCCUCGCCGCGCUCGCCACCAGGCACCCCGACGAGAAGAGCAUCUUUGACACCAACACCGCCAGCAAGAGAGAAUUCGCGGCGGGCCGUAAAAAGUAUCUGGCCGACAGACGGAAGCAGCAACAGAAAAAGCAAAGAAAUUAAUAUGAAUGAGUACGCAUUUUCGCGACACCUAGUCAUAAUAUCCUAGUCAUACAGGCUCGUAAUUGCGCCUAUAUCGAGACGGUAUCUUCCAACUGUGUGAUAACUUUUCUUUAUAAGUAGAUACCUAUUAAUAUACUUUGUAAUGUAAGAAUGUGGCAUGUUUAAACAUAUUUUAA